GUCCCUGCAAACCUCAUUCUCCUUUCUGAAAGCUCUUCCCUCUCAUCUUCCGGUUCAAGUGCUACACCUCUUCCGCUCUCUACUGUAAGCGUCCGGGGCGGUACAUUGUCAGAUCAAAAGUUUACUCCAUUUUGUGAUGGAGCUCACAACUAGGAUAGUUGACAUAGCAAGUGGGUGCACGUUGUAUUCCUCACUGGAAUCAGAUUGAGUUUCUCCUCUCUGAUCGAAGAGAAACUAUGGGCGGGAUUGUGAAAUGCGGAGACUGCAUGAAGAGAGACAAAGAAGAGACGAGUAGAGACGAGCAGGAGGAGAUUGGCAGCGAAGAAGAGACGAAAAGAGACGAGCAGGAGGAGAUUGGCAGAGAAGAAGAGACGAGUAGAGACGAGCAGGAGGAGAUUGGCAGAGAAGAAGAGACGAGUAGAGACGAGCAGGAGGAGAUUGGCAGCGAAGAAGAGACGAAAAGAGACGAGCAGGAGGAGAUUGGCAGCGAAGAAGAGACGAAAAGAGACGAGGAGGGGGAGAUUGGCAGCGAAGAAGAGACGAAAAGAGACGAGCAGGAGGAGAUUGGCAGCGAAGAAGAGACGAAAAGAGACGAGCAGGAGGAGAUUGGCAGAGAAGAAGAGACGACAAGAGACAACAGUCCGACAGAGAGAGAAGAAUGGGAGUCCAUAAUCAGAGAGCUGAUUAGUGAAUUGAAGAGUAGUGACGAGGAGGAGGAGAUUGGACUCCCAAACUCCAAUCCCUUCAAGUAUGAAGCCCUAACGAAUAUUUUUCUUGAAGGAGGUAUUCUUCACGAAGCCGUUGAACGAGGUGAAAUUGACUUUGUUCGAGAGUUAACUCAAUUUAGAUGGUUCGACCCAAUAGGUGAGGAUCCUGAUCUAUAUAUCUGUAUUGUCAAAAUAAUUUACUCAUUAUACCGAUCUAUAUUUCGGUAUAAAAAUUUUUCUAAAGAUUACGGAUCUAUAGGUAAAAUUUUAAAGCUAAAAAAUGCUGAAUUUCUUCGAAAAUUUUCACAAGAUACUAUGGACAAAAUAAAUAGAGAGGAUUUGGUAGUCCCAUUAGAAGAUAAAUUCAAUAAUUCUUUCAGUUUUGAGAAGCUGUGCCGUGCUCUUCUGAACAGGAUGAAAGCUCUGGUGAGUAAUGUCAAGUCACCAGUAUUUCGGCGCACGCCGCUCCAUGUUGCUGUGUUGAAUAAAAAAGAAGAUAUAGUAAAAUAUCUACUGCAAGAGCAGGAUAAACUAGAGUACUGUGUAUCACUUGGGGUUAAUUGGCACAAAGAUGUUUAUGGCCUGACUCCGUUGCACUAUGCUGUCCUCAUGGAGGACAAAGAGCUCGUGAAAAUGCUUGUUGAGAGCAGCUCUUAUUCCGCGUCAGUCAAUGUGGGUGAUUUCUCUUUCCGCACGCCAUUGCACUUAGCAUGCGCUCGGCGGUACAGGCAGGGGGAGGAUGUAGUUGCAAUCCUCCUCAGCAACUCCAACGUAGACCUGAACGCCAAGGACUGUUGUGGUUACACGCCGCUCCAUUGGGCCGUACACGUCGGUGCGUCGGGCGUCGUCACCCUUCUCCUGAAAAGAAAUAUCAAACUCGACGAGAAGGAUGUCGACGGUAAGACCGCAGUUCACCACGUGCAUGCAGCGGCGCGGUCGACCGCAGGCGACGUGCAGAGACGGGAAACAAUGCUGGAAGUGGAGGGCGUUCUCACGUCGGAUCCAAGGGUGGAGAAGAGAAUCGAUCGCAUGUAUCGCGAUCGACAGGUGUACGUGGACGCCGCAAACGCCAUUCUGGUCGGCGCUGCCCUCAUCGCCAGCGUGACGUACGGAGGAUGGCUGCAGCCUCCGCUGGGCGACCACGACGAUCACACGAGAAGGAUCGCGCGCAUCUUCUGGGGCUUCAACAGCUUGUCCUUCUCGUUCGCCAUCGCCGCCGUCAUGGCCGGAGCGGGAGCGGUCUUGCCUGUGGCGGACUUGUUCAUAGAAGACGCCGUGGCGCGAGUUCGCGACUGGUUGGCCGUGACGGCCGUCCUGUUGUUGGUGUCGGCUGCGUUCGUGCUGGGAGCGUUCGGCGCAGCGGGGUUCGCGUCCAUGACCACGGUCGGCGACCUGGAGGCUAACAUGACGACCACGAUGACCGUCGGGGGCGCGGUGUGGCUCCUCAUUGCGUUGGUCUUCUUGCGGGGCCUGUGCAGAGUCAGCAACGUUUGGCCGACGAGGCGUCUUCUGAAAGGGUGUGCGGGGCUAUUCUAUUCAUCCUCUAGUCCUUUGCGAGCGCGCAAUAUUGUCACUUUACCUCUCUUGGAACAUUUGGCACUCUCUGAAAUGGCCGUAGACAUCAGUGUUGUUAGUGGUCUAUAUAAUUAUUUCAUUUUCGAUGAUGAUGGUAGAAAUCAUCAUGGUUUUAUACACUUUCCAAGUACAGCCGCUUGCAGACAAUUUUGCAUGGAAGCAGAUUCUUUUUUCCCUUCUGGAUUUCCCUUGAGUGAGUCGUUGCGGUUUAGAGAAAUAUUCGAGAAUAUUUCGCCACAUUCCGCAACCACGUCCCCUCAUCGGGGAUUUCCGCGAGAAUAUAUUUCCGAGAUUAUUAGGUCACGUGACGAUAUACGUCCAUUUGAACGUAUGUACAGAAACGAUCCACAGGCGUAUCUUCAGAGGUAUCGGAAAAUAGCACAUGCUCCAAUUUUCUAUGUAUAAAUGAAUUUGUAUGAAUGAACAUAUUUUAUUAGUUUUAAAUAAAAUUAUUAAUAUUAUAAUAAUUGU